UGUUUACGGAAGUUGUUGAGGAAAACCCGUGUUAACUAGAUUUUUAUAUUUAUUAACAGUUUUAUUUCAAUAUUUCCGUUUAAUUUCAAUUAUAUGUUUCAUGAGGUAACACUGCUGGUGUUUGGCGAGGGGUAGCUUCAUUUAAACAUAAUAUUUCGAUGGAUAUCGAGGUCGAUAUAAUUGAGUUCAAAGUUCCUGUCGAAAACAACAAAACCAUUUUUAUUUGGGACAUUCAGCCGAUAUUUUCAGAGGCGUAUAUUUUUGAGUCCCUGUGGAAAGUGUAUUCAGCAUUUGGAGCUCUCUAUCUGGUGAAGGUUUGUCCCAAUGCCACAGUAGCUGAACCGGGCUUCUACGCACUGGUGAAGUUUUACUCAGCAAUUCAAGCGUCCAAAGCUCAGCGGGCCACUGAUAAACAAUGUCUUUUUCAAAACUCGCCUGUAAAGGUCAGACUGAGUACAAAACAAAAUCUCGCCUUUUAUACUCCUAAACCUCUGAGUCUUUCCAAAUGUCUGGACCUGGCCCAUCACUAUCUGGGCUUUAGUGGAUGGUCUACUCGCAUUAUAACUUUGAAGGAUCUCUCAAGUUGUGUGGAUGCUGGGUGUCCAGAAGAAAGAGACAGCCAGGGUGUGCUUUUGAAAUAUGGCUGCGUAGUAGAGUUGACUCUUAAACAGCAUGAAGUGAGCUGUCGCGGGGUUGGUGUGGCAGAAGAGAUCAUCGACAGUGAUCGGGACCCAGAGGAAAAGCUGAGAAAAAGAGGUACACUGAUGAAGCGAGCCAAAGACAAAGCUGUAGUGGGUGCCUUUGAAAAAGUGCUUCUCAUGGUCCUGGGAAAUGGAAAAAUAGCAAUUGAAUGCAAGUUUGAUCCAGAUGAGAUUCUUCCAGAGGAAAAUUCUGAAGGAGUCAUAAAGGUUAAUGACAUCCCUUGGAAUGAGUUAGAUGGUGCUGACAGUAAUACUGAAGAGGACUUCCCAUGGGACCUCACUGUGGAUGUCCCUCAGUGACACCUGCCUUUAGACCAGCUUUGCCUAUCCACAAGCAGCCAAUAUUUUCCAGAUAAGUGACAACCAAAAUAAAAAAGUUCCCCAUUUUGAACGAGAAAUUAGGUUUUGAGGGUUUGCCUUUGAUGGAGGGAAAUAUGCUGUAAAAAGCUUAGGUACUUUUGUGUAAAAAUGAAUGCUUUGCAAACAAUUCAGCGAAAACAGUGUUACAGUUUAACAAACAGUAUUUGUGUUACAAUGUGCUAAAGUGUCUGCUUCAUAUUUGACCAAAAUAACAAAGUAUGUUUUUAUAUAUAAGUUCCAGAGCUUUUGUGGCUGUGGUCUGAUUUAAGGCCGCAAGACAUGGCCAAAACUAAAACCCACUUAUAGAAACUAGAAUCCUGACAGCAGGAAUACAAGAGAAAACCUCAGAUUAUCAAAAAACGUGCAAACAUUUAAAAGUGACCGUAAUGUCACUGUGUUUCAAGCAAACUUUGUGGUUAACCUCAUGAUCUCAGUUCAACUGGCUGAACAUUUCACUUCUUUAUUUUCAUAAAAACACUUUUUGUUUUUUUGUGUGGCUGAUAUGUUGCAAUAAACUCAAGACACACCAUUGGUUUGAAUGUCAAGCCAGGUAUCAAUAAUAACUUAUAUUAAGUAACAUUAGCAUUGCCACCUUUGUUGGGCAUUUCAGUUGCAUAAUUAAAAAAUAUUUUUGUUUGUUUAAUGUUAUGGGUUAUAAUGUGUAAAAUAAAAUGUUUAAUGGGAGUAUACUGUAUUCUAACAGCGUGUGCCUCUCUCUCUCUGUUCAUCAUUUUUUAUUUUGUUGGCAGCUUUUUUUUGUAGAAGAUAUUUUGUUCUUGUCAGGUUCAGGAACAUUAGUAGUAUAGUAUCAGUAGUAUAACAUAUAUAGGGGUGGUUUAACGGACAGGGCUUAAGUCUAGUCCAAGACUAAACUGCAUGUUUGAGCUGCCUUAAUUUCAAAGCAACUUGCGUUCACAUAUCUUAAAAUGUAUCUGUGCCAUUGUUUUGUCUCGAGAUGCACACCAGUAAUGUUUUUUGUAAUGUCCUAAUAUAACUAAGGCCUAGUCCUGGAUUCAUCUAAAUACUUUUUCACUCCUGAAAAGUUGUGAAAUUGUUACAAAUUAGUUCUUUCUAGUUCUGCUCAUUUCUAAAAUAUUUAAUUGUUGAUCUAAGGAACCCUGUACCCUUUGCCAUCAGGUCAAAAAGUUUUUGAACACUAGGUGGCAGUGUUUCAUGCACCUAAAUUUGCACUUUGUUGCAUUGCAGCUUUACUAAGAAUUGAGCACCUUACUGUAAGCCACAGCAACAGUGGCAAAAAACUCCCUAAGAUGAUGGUG